AUGACUACACAUGAACACCUAAUCGAAAAUGUGUUACAGUCUACACAAAAAUUUAAUUGUGGUUCAUCAAUUAUCACAUUAUUACCUUCACUUUUUUAUUUUUUUUACUUCUGGCGUUUAUCCGAAACAUAUAUAAUAGCAUACAUGAAUCCAAUUCAAAGACCACGCCGUCUGCAUAGAAUGCCAAAAGGUCUGUGGUGGAAAUUCUGGCUAAAGAUAACACUUACUUCAAUGUUAGUAUGGAGUGGUUGUCAAUGUUGGACAGAUGGAUUAGUGCCUAUACUUAAAACUUACACGUUAAGUUUUCUUACAAUGAUAAACAACUGCCUGAAAUCACAAUUUAAAAUGGACAAAAUUACUUUGGAAUCAUUGGAAUGUAUUUGUAAUUUAAUCGUUUGUUAUUCUGUUGUGGCAUUUGUACGGUGGUGUUACAUUUAUGUUGAUAAUAACUAUCAAUACACGAGAAGAAGAUCAAGAAUACGCCGAGUAUAUAACUGGCGUACACUCAUUCCUGGGAGAGGAACAAGCGAACUAGGAGAAAAUGGUUAUUUACUAAUGCAAACCAUUUUACCAACAGAACACCAACAACAUCCAGAGUUGGUGGAAAAUAGCGGUCCGAAAAAAUUGAAACUCACGCAAAGUUGCCAACUGCCCAUGAAAUAUACGUCAAUUAUUCCAAAAAUAAUUGCGAGACGUAAAUCCGUAUAAAUUUUAAAUAA